UCUCAGCCUGCGCCGCAUGGUCCCUGGCAGCAGCUUAGGUAACCUCGAACGAACUAGUUACAUGCAUCAUCGCGUCAGUGGGGAGCUCUGUUCUGGACAGCUUGUAAGAUUUCCGGAGGACCCUUCUGCAGGCCGCGUGAGCCCCCCAACAUCGCUUACUCUCCUACGCGCUUCACCCGAAGAUAUCGCCUUGGCCAUGGAAUGAACGCUGCGGGUUGCCAAUUUUUUUCUCGAAACCAGCAACCAUGAAGGGGCUUCUCUGGUUGUCCCUGCUUUUGCAGGCCAUCGCAUUCACCUUUGCCGAUGCACAGGCCGACCAGCAUGUCCUCGGUGGCGACGCAGCUGAGAAAACCGAUGGCGACUCAUUUCGUGCUGAAAUAGCCGAACAGAGCCGGGGACAAACGGCGCGGGAGCCUGGCUCCGACCUCGUCGAUGCAGCUCUCGCCGAACUACAUAAGCUGUACCAGCCACUCCACCACCGGGCUCGGAAGCAGCAUGGCAUCUUCGGCACGUUGUUGCACUUGGCCCUCAAGGCCGUCCCGACCUUCCGCCUCAGCGCCCCAACCUCCGAAUCCUCGUCCAGACAUGUACUCAGCGGGAAACUUCAGCAAGCAACCAAUCUCCUCGAGGAAUCUGCCCGCAAAAAUAAUAGCGAUGCGCUCUACAUCCUUGCCGAGAUGAACUUCUACGGCAACUUUUCACACCCGAAGGACUUCCCGGCAGCCUUCGAUUACUAUCACAAGCUAGCAUUGCUCAAUGGAAACAGCUCCGCUUUAUACAUGAUGGGUCUGAUGUACUCGACUGGGAUUGGAGGAGCCGUUGAGCGCGAUCAGGCACGAGCCCUGCUAUACUACACUUUUGCCGCAAACAAGGGACAUACCAGGGCCGAGAUGACGGUAGCGCAUCGGCACCACGCUGGGAUUGGGACGCCCAAGAACUGCGAGCUGGCUGUCAAAUACUACAAGCGGGUGGCGGACAAGGCUAUCGCGUGGUACCGUUCAGGCCCUCCGGGUGGCAGAGCCUGGAUCGCGGAGUCCCACAGGAUCGCCGAUGACAAUGGCGGCGCCUACGGGGAGGGAGCCAGCGUUGCGAGUGCCGGGGGGAAUGCCCUCAAGGCGCACCCCAACUCCGAUGCCUAUGCCUCUAUCGAAGACAUCAUCGAGUAUCUAGACCUCAUGUCUCAGAAGGGCGACUUCAAGGCGUCCUUCAACCUCGGGCGGAUCUACUACGAGGGACAGAGGGGACUCAACAAGAACGUGGCAUUGGCUCGGAAGUAUUUCUUGGACGUCGCACAGAAGUACUGGCGUAAGAACCGGCCUGUGGACAAUCCAAAAACCGGCCUGGACAGGACGGCUGGGAAGGCGGCGGGGUUCAUCGGCCGCAUGUAUUUGCGCGGAGAGGGCGUUGAGCAAGACUUCAACCGCGCAAAGUUCUGGUUCGAGCGCGGAGACAGCCUCAAGGACGCUCAGUCUCAGUACGGCCUAGGGCUGCUGUAUCUGAAUGGUUAUGGGGUCAAGGCAGACCCCUCCCGGGCUAUCGACUACCUCAAGACAGCCGCCAACCAAGAUUAUGCUGCCGCCCAAGUGCAGCUUGGAUACCUUUACCUCGACCACGGCAGCAAUGAAGACGUGGCAACAGCGAACCAUUACUUCGAGCUCGCCGCACGGUGGGCCAACAUCGAGGCUUAUUACCACCUUGCGGAGGCAAACAACAUCGGAUUGACUCACGACAGAUCGUGCAACGGAGCCGUGGCCUACUACAAGAAUGUAGCCGAAAGGGCCGAGCCUCUCGUCUCUUCCUGGGCGGAGGCGAACCUGGCGUAUGAAAGCGGCGAUAUAGAGCUGGCGCUCCUCGAGUAUCUUGGAGCGGCUGAGCAGGGAUAUGAGAAGGCCCAAAACAAUGUCGCUCACAUCCUCGAUCCUGACAAAUCCCGGCUGCCCCUUGCCCGACUGCUGUCUCGUCAUCCAACAUCCCCGCUACUUCAGGACCCUACCCUCGCCUUGAUUCAAUGGACGCGCUCGUCCCGGCAGGGCAAUAUCGAUGCGCUGGUCAAGAUGGGCGACUACUACCUGUACGGCAUUGGGGCCGAACCCGACGUGGACAAAGCUGUCCAGUGCUACACCAGUGCAUCCGAGUAUCACCAGAGCGCGCAGGCGCUGUACAACCUCGGAUGGAUGCAUGAGCAUGGCGUCGGCUUGGACCAGGACUAUCAUCUUGCGAAGCGAUACUACGACGCCGCACUCGCGACUAACGAGGAGGCCUACCUCCCUGUCGCGCUCAGUCUGCUAAAACUGCGGGCGAAGAGCGCCUGGAAUACGCUCACGCAUGGCAGGAUAAAUUCGAUCCAAGAUGAACCGACACCGAGAAAGGAAUGGUCGCUCAGCGAUUGGAUCAACAACUUCCUGCAGGACGAUGACGCUCGAUACUAUGAUGACUUGUACGAUGAGCAGUACGAAGACGAGAUGCCCGGCGGCGAUCCCCUGGAUAUUGAUGACGGUGUCAUGGAGAGUGUCGCGAUCCUUGGCCUGGCUGCCGCGUUGGUCUUCCUCAUUAUGUACCGCCAGCAGCGGCAGCAGGCAAUCAGGCGUCAGGAGGAGGAGGCGAGAAGGCAGCAGCAGCAGCAACAGCAACAGCAACAACAACAACAACAGCCACAGCAGCAACAUCAGGGAGGAGCGGGGGUUGGAAACCAACAACAGCCGCCGCAGCAGGAGAGGGGAUUCUUCCCGCGGCCUGGAGACCCGGACUUUGGGCAGUGGGCUGCUGGAGUGGUUGGGCAUUGAUGAAAGGUUUUAACAUGUCUGCAUAGUCGAGGAUACCAUGGCAUGAAGCAUGAAGCAGCGGCGCAUUAGUAUAUGGAUUGGUGCAAUUAGACCCGAUUAGCGUUCGAAAUUCUCUUUGAUCCAAGCCAGCCUAUCAGUUGCACUGUGCGCCAAGAUGGGCGGGAUGAACGUCCAUUCCACUCUGUACA